CAGGAAUCCUUUCUCUAUGGUUGUGUGGCUUUGGAAAUCUGUCUUUGUUGCUCUGGGAGAGGGGAUUCCUGGAAUGUGUCUCUGAACAAAGACUAGCCGAAGGUGCGAAGUGACUAGAUGGGAGCCAAGGCGGAAAACUAGGGAAUGGGAGAUACUGUGGCCUCCUGAAUAGGAAUGUCAGGAUUGGAAAUAAUGGAUGAAGAUCAAUUAAUCAAAGAAGUCUCGGAUACAUUCCUUAAUUGUCAUGAGCAAACAUAUGAUGAAGAAUUUCUGGACACUUUUACUAAUCUUUCACAAGAGGAUCAUGUGUCUAAAAGGGGAGUGUUUGAAACUGACUCUUCAGAAAACAUAUUUAUCUCAGCAAAAGUUACUCAUAAAAAUGAAGCAAAUGACUACCAUCUUAGAAAUAAAACCAUCUUUCUUCGUACAUCAUCACAAUGUUUGGAAAAACAGGUAGACAAUUUCCUAGAUUUAGAAGUCUUGGACAUGGAUGAAGAGAUUAAACCCCAAAUGAGCCAGGAUUUGCCGCUGCUUCCAGGAGAAGUGGAGCAGAAUGUAAGCACCAGCAUUCCUUCUUGUAUCCCUUCUGUGGCCCAGCCUCCCACUUGUGAAGCGAAGCCAAAGCCCACUGUAAAAAGAAUGGACAAACAGACGGAGGAGCAUCCUGUGGCCAUUUAGAGGAGAUGGGAGUGAGAAACGGGAACAGGAAGCAGCAUCUACAGAAGGAUCCAUUUUGAUGAAAGCAUUGCACUAGGUGAUGUGGGGUGCUGUGUCAAAGGUCAGAAACAUGAUCCCACUUUCUUGAGAGUAAAGGACAAUUGCACAUGAAAACACAUUAUAGCACAUUAGAGAAAAAUUGCUAAUAUAAGCAGUCAGGGUCCUAGCUAUCCAGAGAUAGUGUUAUCAAUGUGAACGUUCUUGAGAGAUUAGGCUUCUGGAAUUGAUUGGGAAAGCCUUUACUGAAAAAAGGCAUCUGAGAAUUGAUGAGAUGUCAGUUAUUAAAUUCUUGCAUUUCAUUAUUAUCAUUUAACCAUGUGUGAUAACAAUUACAAAGUGCAAGGAAUGAUCUCUAUCUCUAUCUCCAGAAGCUUAAAAUACAACUUGAGAAGGCAAAACCACUAGAGAAUAUAAAAACACAUUAUGAAGUGCUAAUUAUGUAGCAUACCCAUAAAUGUAGAAAGGGAAGGAGAAAAGAGGGAUGAAGGUGCAGCGGAAGAGGGAGCAAUAUGUUUCAAGUAAUUUUUAUUAUUGAAGGAAUUAGUAACAAAUUGAAUGUACUUAACUGAUUUUUCUUCUUUCUUUUUAAGUGCACUUUUGUUUUUCAGAGCAGUUUUAUGUUCACAGAAAAAUUGAGGAAGUCAGCACAGUUUUCAUAUACGCCCUGCCUCUCCCUGACACAGACUCCCUUACUAUUAAUAUCCCACACCAGAGCCACAUUUUUUGUUGUUUUGUUUUUUGCUAUUAAUUGUCUUUCCUUUUCUUUUUGUGUUAAGAACAUUUAACAUGAGCUCUACUCUCUUAAAUGUCUAAGUGUACCAUAUAAUAUCAUUACCUAUGUGCACGGUGUUGUGCAGCAGAUCUCUGGAAUGUAUUCAUGUAUAACUGAAACUACACCCAGUGAAUGGCAACUCUGCAUUUCCCCCGUCCCCUUAACCCUAGCAGCCACCAUCCUACUUUCUGCUUCUACGAGUUUGACUUUUACAGAUAACUCAUAUAAGUGGACAUGGGCCACUUGUCCUUCUGUGAUUGGCUUAUUUCACUUUCCAUAAUGCCCUUCAGAUUUGCCCAUGUUGUUGCAU